AUGGAUCCUCCAACAAAGUUGGAAGUGGUUCAAAUUGGCUCUUGUAAACUGUCUUCAAACUUCUCCAAGUUCUUGGCAGGAUUGGCGUUAAGAUCCCUACCACUCUUUUCUUUACUAAGAAAAGGAUGCCAGUUCGAAUGGACUCUUGAGUGUGGAGAAGCAUUCCAGGAGUUCAAAAGGUUUUUAAGCCAGCCUCCUAUUCUGACCCGACUUAAAGUUGGGAAAGAACUCGUCCUGUAUUUGUCCGUAGCUGACAAAGCUGUAGCAUCAGCUCUAAUACGGGAAGACGAGGUCGAGCAGCAUCCUGUAUACUUCACCAACAAAGUUCUACAAGGCCCUGAAUUAAGGUAUCAAAAAUUGGAGAAGUUUGCGUAUGCCUUAAUAGUAGCCUCUCGAAGAGCUAUACGUAGAUGGAUCCUCCAACAAAGUUGGAAGUGGUUCAAAUUGGCUCUUGUAAACUGUCUUCAAACUUCUCCAACUGACAAAGCUGUAGCAUCAGCUCUAAUACGGGAAGACGAGGUCGAGCAGCAUCCUGUAUACUUCACCAACAAAGUUCUACAAGGCCCUGAAUUAAGGUAUCAAAAAUUGGAGAAGUUUGCGUAUGCCUUAAUAGUAGCCUCUCGAAGAGCUAUACCCUCCAACAAUCAAGCAGAAUAUGAAGCCUUGAUUGCAGGGUUAAAACUGGCAGAAGAGGUCGGUGCAACCAAAGUAGUUGUGUUCAGCAACUCUCAGGUGGUGACUUCACAAAUCAAUGGAGAGUACCAGGCGAAAGACCCUAAAAUGAAAAGGUACUUUGACAAAACUUUGGAGUAUCUAGGGCGAUUUGCCAAAACUGAGGUCAAACACAUAACCCGGGAUCUUAACAGCAGAGCAGACGCCCUCUCCAAACUAGCAAGACCCUUUCCCCAAGCGUCUGGGCAAGUAAAUUAUCUAAUAGUGGGAGUAGACUACUUCACGAAGUGGAUAGAAGCAGAACCGUUAGCUAUCAUCAUAGCCCAGAGAAGUCGGAAGUUCCUCUACAAGAACAUUAUCACAAGGUAUAGGGUACCCCAUUCCAUCACCACUGAUAAUGGCACUCAGUUCACCGAUUCUUCCUUCAAAAACCUGGUAGCUAGCAUGCAGAUCAAGCAUCAGUUCACUUCGGUAGAGCACCCACAAGCAAAUGGACAAACCGAGGCAGCAAAUAAAGUUAUACUGGCAGGUUUAAUGAAAAGGUUAGAAGAGGCAAAGGGAGCAUGGACUGAGGAACUCCCUCAAGUAUUAUGGGCAUAUCGGAUUACAUCUCAGUCUACCACAGGAGAAACACCCUUCCGACUUGCUUAUGGCACAGAAGCCAUAAUACCAGUUGAAAUCAACGAGCAAAGUCCAAGGGUGAACUUCUACGACGAGGUCGAUAACGUACAGGGGCACAAAGAAGAACUCAAGUUACUUCCCGAAGUCUGA